AUCUUGUUCCACCAUUUCUAUCUCCUCGCAACAAAAGAGUAUGAAGUUAUUCUAUGUGUUAACGUGGACGAUUUUGUCCCAUACGGCGUUUUCUUGGGACACGGAUGACUUAGAGUUGUUUGAUUUGGUAGAAGAUGUGAACAAAAAUUUCUACGAUGUGUUAGGGGUACCAUCGACAGCUACAUCCGCUGAAAUUCGAAAAGCCUACCGUCGAUUAUCCCUCGUGCUUCAUCCAGACAAGAGCAAGGAAGAAGAUGCAGAGGCCCAGUUUAGACAGCUGGUUGGAAUAUAUGAAGUUCUUAAAGAUGAGGAAAAGAGAAAAAGGUAUCACUUAGUUUUAGAGAAUGGACUGCCCGACUGGCGACAGCCUAUUUAUUACUACCGCCGUGUUCGUAAGAUGGGACUUGCCGAGUUCUUCGCCGUGAUAUUUGUCAUAACUACAAUAGGACAGUACAUUGUCAUGUGGGCCGCCUUUGCAGAAAAGAAGUUUACACUGUCAGAAAACUUUGGCGAAAUGAGAGAGAGGGCGAGAAGUAAAAAUCGUAAAGCUCGGCAGCAGCUGGAGGAACAGAUUGACACACUCUUAGAGGCAGAGAUGGAGGCGGUACCUCGGCCCCGCCUCUCCAAGCUGUGGCCAAUCCAAUUGGUCAUUUUCCUUGUGAUGAGUGUCCUCAAUGCUCCUCAGAAUAUAAGGAGGAGGAUGGAAGAAAAGGAGGAGAUGAGGAGACAGGAAGAGGAGGAACAGAAGAGGAUGGAAGAGGAAGAAAUCCAAGCAAAGGAAGAGAGGUCCAAACCUCGUUGUGAUGUUGCCUUGAAUCCAACAACCAUCAAAAUGGCCGAGGCUGAGGCAGUGGUGUAUGCUAAUUCAGUCAAACACUCAAGUGAUGAGGAGUAUAAACAGAUCAAGAAAGGGGAAUGGACUGAUGAGGAAAUAGCAAAAUUGGCGAAGGCUGCCAACAAAUUUCCCGGUGGAACCCCCAACAGGUGGCAAAAAAUAGCCGACAUGGUUGGCCGAACCACAGAUGAAGUGAUAGCCAGGUGUCAGCAGAUGAAGGAUUCCCACACGAUGACCCUGUCAGCAUCUGUACAAGGUGGAAUAGGAAAAGCAAAAAAGUCUCAGGUAAUAUCAGACGAAAUCAUAUCUCAAAAGACUGUAGAAAAUGGCAUCAGCCAGUCUUCCGACAGUGAUUCCCAGCUCAGGAAGAGGAACAGAAAUGUGAAAAAGACUGCUGAUCAAACACUAAUGAUCUCAGAUGUACAAACGCUGAAGAGUUCUCCAAAGGGAGACAAUCUCACCUCUGAAGAGGAGAGUGCCUGUAAUAAUGCUCCAGAUGGUGUUAAGAUAACGGACGACUCCGAGGACUGGAACAAGAAUCAACAGACGAUCCUAGAGUGGGCUCUCCGACAGUAUCCCAAGGGAACCGAACAGAGGUGGGAGAAAAUAGCAGAACAUCUACCAGGAAAAUCAAAGGAGGACUGUGUGGCCAGAUAUAAGUAUCUAGUGGACCUGGUGAAGAAAAAGAAAGAACAAACCACCAAAAAGGAUUAACAACGUCAAUUUAUAUAGAAAAAUUACUUAUUCUGAAGAUCAAAUAUUAUCAGCAAAAUGUUACAGAUUCUAUAAAAAAAAAGAUUUACACCUCUUUUAAAGACUUUAAUAAUAAAUCGCAUUAACUGAGAGGUUAACAAAUUACUAAAAAGGUCAACAAUGUCACUAGGAAACCUUCUACCUGUGACUGAAAGAUCUAGAAACUACUAAGUAACUGAAACUGCAACAGUCCAUCAAAGAAAAAAAAACCAAAUUAAAGGACCAACAGACCAAAGGAUUAAGGAUGACUCCUCAUGUUAAAAUCCUAGAAAUAGUUCAAAAUGUCUCACAUUGCAGAUACACCACAAUUAUUUAUGCUUCUAAUUUUUGAAAAUUUAUAGCUGGUGUUAAAGUUCGUUUAAUGCUAUUAUUGCUUAAGUAAGGAGAUAUGGGACACCUUUAUAUAAUUUUAACAUUUGUUUUAAAAUAAACAAAAAAAAUGUCACAACUUUUCACUUUCUCUCUUCCUACGUAUGUUUCUCUCUUCCUAAGUACAAUGUAUACCCUGAUGCAUAGCUUAGCAAAAGGGAUAACGGGUCAGCUAUUGACCGGAAAGUUAUGAGUUCGAACCCAUCUGGGGCAUGAUAAUUCUUACCUCUCUGAGAAUUUUUAAAAUGCGUUUUUGUCUGGUGUUGGCCAAAUAUUGAUUAUAUUUAUUAUGAUGUACUGUUAUAUACAUAGAUGCACAUGUACAUAUGUAUCUAAAGGUGUCCCAUAUCACAUUGAAUCGAUCUUUGUUUCCGUGGAUUGACUAUACAUGUACUUUUUUAAGUGUGUGUGGGUUUUUUGUCUUUAAUAGUCAUAUCAGGUGCUGAAUAAAUUGCAAAUAAAUGUUGAAGAAAUUUGCAAAAUGUUGUUUCU